GUAUUUUGUUUUUCGCUCACACAGGUAGAUGUUAUGUUCCGGGUGUUUUGUCGUGUUUGUUGUAUAUCUUUAAUCGAAAUACUUCUUGAUUUUACUUUUGGUACUUCGCAUUUGUGUUGUUUAUUUUUAACUAUUGUUUUUAUGUAAAAGACUACAGCUUUUUAUUUGUUUGGUGCCAGAAAGGAUAGGCUACUCUUUUCACCUGCCCUCGACAGCGAACAACAAGACUGGUUUGAGAACUGGUUUUACUCAACCUGUAUUGCUCUACGAAGAAAAAAAAUAAAUCAAAAAGUGAUCGUGUAACAGCCGUGCAACAGCACAAAUCAGCAGGUCACCUUAAAGACAUGGACCCAAUGGAUGCAGGAAUGCGUUACACUCCAAAGUCUUCGGACAAGGACUGGGACCAAGCAGUCACAUUUCUACCAGCAACAGAUUCCAAAAGGCUGGAGAAGCAGCAUCGAGGGAAGACUGGUGCCAUUAUUGGCAUAGUCAUCUUUGCAACUGUUGUGGCUUUGAUGACCGGACUUCUUGUGUGGCAUUUCCACUUCCGAAAGGACACAAAGGUGAAAAAGAUGUACGUUGGCUCGAUGAACAUCACAAAUCAAGACUUCAAGGAUGCUUAUGAGAACCCCAACAGUACAGAGUUUCAGACCUUGGCUAACCAGGUAGUCGCUCAGUUAAGCGAACUCUACUCUAGGAUCCCCCAGCUGUCUAAAUAUUAUGUUGCUUCUACAGUGCAAGCCUUCAGUGAAGGCAGUGUAAUUGCAUAUUAUCUGUCAGAGUUCCAUGUUCCACUGUCACAGGAGGCUGCUGUGGAUAAUACCAUGAAGGACAUGGAUGAAAUGCUGCACAAGCAACGGCGUCUAAAAGGCUCAUCGGGAAAUUUGAGGUUUAAUAAAAUAGAUGCUUCAGCUUUAGACUCACAGAUGUUUACAAAGGAAAAGAACUACAGGUCUUCUCUGCACACCAAGCCUAAUGAAGUCACUGAGAUCAUGUCACCUGGGUUUCCUAAUUACCCAUACCCACAAAAUGCAUUUGCACAAUGGCUCUUACGAGCUGACCCUGGCCACAUCAUCAAGCUGGAAUUCACUACUUUCAAUCUGGAGGAAAACUGCAAGAAUGACUUUAUGAAGGUGUAUGACUCACUAGUGGCAAUUAAGAGCAAACUCAUGGCUGAAAAAUGUGGACACUACUCUCCAAAUAACCCUCUCGGCUUCUACUCUUCUGGAAAUGUGAUGCUGGUGACUCUCCUAACCAGUGAAGAAGGGGACUACCCUGGAUUCAGAGCACAAGUGUCUCAGGUGGCUGUGGGCAGUGCUGAAGUGAUGUCAUGUGGUGGACUUUUGACAGGAACUUCUGGAAAAUUGACAUCACCAAACUAUCCAAAAUAUUAUCCACCACUUAUGAGGUGCGAAUGGAAGAUCCAGGUGCCCUCUAAUAUGCAUGUGAAACUGGUUUUCUCGAAAUUCAUGAUGUCUUUUGGUGGGAAUUGUGUGAAUGAUUAUGUCCAGGUCAAUGACGAGAAGCUUUGUGGUGAUCUACCUUCUUCCACCACGCGGACCAGCACUUCAAACCAAAUGACGAUAGUUUUCUUCUCUGAUGCAUCAUAUGUGGAUCGAGGCUUUAAUGCAACCUUCAUGGCCUUUGAACCCAGUAACCCAUGUCCUGAUAUGUUCCUGUGCAACAAUAAAUUCUGUGUCCGUUCUGCCCUGCGCUGUGAUGGCUGGAAUGACUGUGGAGACAGUAGUGAUGAGAGGAAUUGCAAGUGUGGCUCUGACAUGAUCAGCUGUGGGAAUGGUCUGUGUAAGCCAAUGUUCUGGAAAUGUGAUGGCAUUGAUGAUUGUGGAGACAAAACUGAUGAAAUGAAUUGUGCUGCCUGUAAAGGAGGAGAGUUUGUAUGCAGAAAUGGUGCGUGUAUCACAGAGAAACAAAGGUGUGAUGGGAAAAAGGACUGUGGUGAUGGGUCCGAUGAAGCAGACUGUGAAAGUAGCUCUGUAUGUCUGCAAACUGAUUUUCAAUGCCAGGGUGGCCAAUGCAUCAGUAAGCAGAACCCAGAGUGUGAUGGAGAGCAGGACUGUACCGACGGGUCUGACGAGAACAACUGUGCUGUGUGUGGAAUGCGUCCUUUCAAGUCCUCACGUAUUGUGGGUGGGCAGGAUGCGAUGGAGGGGGAGUGGCCUUGGCAGGUCAGCCUUCAUAUCAAAAACAAUGUGCAUGUGUGUGGCGCAUCAGUCAUCAGUGACCGCUGGUUAGUCACUGCUGCUCACUGUGUACAAGAUGAACCCAAAAUUAGGCUUUCUCAGCCAGACUCGUGGGAGGUGUAUCUGGGCCUCCAUUCACAAAAGCAGUUGGCUAAAGCUGAAAAGCGUUACGUAAAGAGGAUCAUUGCUCACCCCAGUUACAACGAAUAUACGUUUGAUAAUGACAUAGCUCUCAUGGAACUUGACAGAGCUGUCACUUUCAGAGACACAAUCCAGCCCAUCUGUUUGCCAUCUGCCUCUUACAGCUUCCCUGCUGGCAAAUCGGUGUGGAUCACAGGCUGGGGGGCGAUCAGGGAAGGAGGCUCUGGUGCAACAGUGUUGCAGAAAGCAGAAGUUCGCAUCAUUAACAGCACAGUAUGUGAUCAACUCAUGAAAGGGCAGAUUACUUCGCGCAUGACGUGUGCUGGAGUUCUUGCAGGAGGGGUGGAUGCCUGUCAGGGUGACUCAGGUGGUCCUUUGUCUAGCUCUAAUGCAGCUGGGCGAAUGUUUCUGGCAGGUGUGGUGAGCUGGGGUGAUGGAUGUGCCCGUAGAAACAAACCUGGAAUUUACACCACUGUCCCCAAAUUCCGUGCCUGGAUUAAAGAGCAAACAGGAGUAUAAUUGCAGAGGGGAAAAAAAUUGUGGGUGUUUUAGGAGAACAGGGUUACCAGGACUUUAGUGAAGCAUGUCAAUCAUCUAAUGUUAUCUGUUCUGUUCAUCUGCCUGAGAGAACAAAUUGAGAAAGAACUGACGAGCUGUUUAGAGAUAUUUAUAUUGAGGCUGUCUCUAAAAUUAGGUCAGUGUUGUAUGCGACCCACAGCUUGAUAAGCCCAUGUCUAUGAAAGUCUUAAUCAUUCCUGCCAUAGAUAGAUAGAUAGAUAGAUAGAUAGAUAUCUCCUGCAUACAGCAGUCUUUUUUUUUUUUUUUUUUUUUUUUUUUUAAUUUGAAAUUUUAUACAGCAUUAACUUCUGUUUUACGUUUGUAUAUUUAGUGACCUGAAGUGCCAGGCUAUGUUUUACUGUAAAUAGAUUUUUAAUUUCUUCUCUUAAAUAUUUCUUAGACCUGGCGACUUGUCCAGGGUGUAUCCCGCCUUUUGCCCGUAGUCAGCUGGGAUAGGCUCCAGCUUGCUUGCGACCCUGUAGAAGGAUAAAGCGGCUAGAGAUAAUGAGAAAUAUUUCUUACUAAUGAAUUGCUUGGAAGACAGUACUAUUUGAUGUGCUUUGUAGAUAACUGUUCAGCGGUAUGAUUUUAUAUAGUAUACUUGUCUUAAUUUCUAACACUCUGGGAUUCCUAAAUAUACAUGAAAAUGUGACUAAUGAUUUUUCUUUUUUUUUAUUACAAAUGAUUUAUAACCAGAGAAUAUUGUUCUUUUAAAGUUGGAUUAAUGUGCAAUUUUUUUGGGCCUUUGUAAUUUUAAGAAAUGUGUUAACAUCAUUUAACAGUUGGUUUUAUUUUAGUCUUGUUUUAUUUUAUUCAUCAUUAAUUUCUUCAGGUUCCAAUUCAAAAUGCCAAAAUUUGUUUUGUAAUGUACUUCCUGUGCACAAGACAAGUGUUUUUAAAACCAUAUACCUUAAUAAAUCAUGCUUUUUUUUUUUUUUUUCUCCUCCUCUUGAAAUGUGAUUGGGAACUCCAAAAUAUUACGGCCCAUGUGGCUGUAGGCUUUCGUUCCAGACAACGGGGAGGCAUAUUUGAUUAGUUUAUUAGAGCCCAAGAGCCAUUGGUUAAACAAGUGGAAACAGAUGUGACUUCUGCCUAGUUAUAAUACAAGCCAGCAGCUGAGAUUGAAGACCUCUCUCUUAAGGCACAACAGCCCUGCAUCUGGAUAUGCAAGUUUUUCUUCCUCCAUUGGAUCUCCAGCUCUUGAGCAGACUUGUAGCCUGAAGAUGCAUCUACCAAGAGAUUUCAGCCUUUCAACAACCUCGCAUUGUGCAGUGGUCAGUUACAAGAAACAGGAGCUGUAUUUUUAAUUUUCAUGUUUUAACACACAACAUUCAAAAAGUUUUUGAAUGUUAUAGGUGUAACACAGAUGUCCAUUAAUUCCUGUGCCUCCAACAAGGACAAAGCCAUUGCCUUUGAUAGGUGUUGGAGUCAUUCCAUUGCAGGUGUUUCAGUUGAAAAUAAGCUUCACAACUCUCACCCUGUAUCUGUGAAAGGCACAUACGAUUACCUCUGUACAUCAUGUGUUGACCAUAUGAGAAAUGUCCCUGUCUGUUUGCUCUGUUAUAUCAUGUAAUAGGCUAGUUGUGUGCAGUGUAUUUAAGUAAAUUGCAAGGGGAAAAAAAAGGCACUCGUACAGUAAAAAUUCGAGUAGGUCACACCCUUUCUGAUCUCUUUUGAUAGGAUGUCUGUACACGGAUACAUUUUUCUCACAGCCUAAUAAGUGCCAUCCUUAUACAAUAAGAUGAAUUGUCAGCAUUUCUAAAUUUUCACUUUAGAGAUAAUGAAUAAACGUGUACUUAACAGUUCAACUUAAGGUCCUUUAUGUGCAAAUAUGUAAUGUUUUUUUUUAAAUAUGAAACCUUUCUUUAGCAAUCUAAUGUUCUUGCAAUACACAGUAAUUUUAAUGACAUUUAGUACCUUUGAUUCGUGGUGUACCAUUACUGACAAAAAUGCACAACAAAAUAUAUUUAAAUUGUACUUCUUACAAAAGUACAUUUAAUGUAUUUUAUAUUAAAAUGUUUACAGUA